GUGCGGUGAUCGCCGGUGCGCUGUGUCCCUCGGACACAGCGGAUCACGGGAAAAAGCCGAAGAUGUCGGCUCGGUCAUGUGAUCAGCUGUGUCCAAUCACAGCUGAUCACAUGCACUGAUGAUCAGUGUGGCCCCAGAAGUGCCACCUGUCAGUGCUCAUCAGUGCCACAUCAAUGCCUCAUAUCAGUGCAUACUAGUGCACAUCAAUGCCACAUAUCAGUGCCCAUCUGAGCUGCCUUUCAAUGUCACCUAUCAAUGCCAAUCAGUGCCACCUAUCAGUGCUGCCAGUCAGUGUCGCUUGCAGUGCCAGUCAGUGCUGCCUAACAGUGCCAGUCAGUGCCGCCUUUCAGUGCCAUGUAUCAGCAGCGCAGUGCCCAUCAGU